GUCAAUGACCGAUGACCGAAUGCGAAUGACCGAACUGUCAAUAAUCUUGUUGAAAUCAUAAGAUCAAAAUAAGAUUUAUUUUUGAUUGAUAACAAUAAAAACAAAAUUUUAUAAAUUUAAACCGUAUGUGGAUUAAUUUAAUAGUUCACAUUGAUCAAAAAUACAUGUUGAAAAUUAACAAUCAGUUGAAACAAUGAAAUGAUUAGGGAGGUAUCAGUAUAAAGUGCUCUAGGAUUUAGAAAAAAAUGUCAACAAUUUGGAAAGUGCUAACUAGGAAAAAGGAAAUUGAUACUGAAUCUGUGGAAGAGACAAGACUGUCCAGAGUUUUGGGCACUUUUGAUUUAACAGCCUUAGGUGUGGGCAGUACUUUAGGUGUGGGCAUAUAUGUUUUGGCAGGAAAAGUUGCUCUCACUGCGGGCCCCUCAGUGAUUUUAUCGUUUUUGAUAGCUGCUAUAGCGUCUGUUUUUGCAGGCCUUUGCUAUGCAGAAUUUGGAGCUAGAACUCCAAAGACAGGAUCAGCGUAUGUCUAUACCUAUGUGUGUGUAGGAGAAUUUGUGGCGUUUGUUAUAGGAUGGAAUCUUAUACUGGAAUAUGUCAUUGGUUCAGCUAGCGUGGCAAGAGGGCUUUGUUUAUAUUUGGACACGUUAUUGAACAAUACGCUCGAGAAUACGUUUAAGGAAAUCGCACCCAUAAAUGUUUCUUUUAUGUCAGAGUACUUCGAUUUUAUGGCUUUCGGAAUAUCAAUUGUUUUAGCGAUUGCACUAGCAUUUGGUUUGAAGGAAAGCAGCUUGGUUAACAAUAUUUUUACUUCAUUGAACAUAGGAAUCGUACUAUUUGUGAUAAUAGCAGGAUCACUUAAAGCUGAUUUCAAAAACUGGAACAUACAACCGAGUAAUACAACGAACGCAACAAACAUUGGCGAGGGCGGCUUCUUUCCUUUCGGCCUGGAGGGAACCAUCGCCGGAGCCGCCACCUGCUUCUACGGAUUCAUAGGAUUCGAUUGCAUCGCCACCACCGGAGAAGAGGUUAGGAAUCCGAGAAAAGCCAUUCCUAUCGCGAUCAUAGUGUCACUUGGCAUCGUGUUCUUGGCUUACUUCGGUAUUUCGACGAUACUUACGUUGAUGGUACCUUAUUAUCUGCAGGACGCUAGAGCAUCGAUACCAUACGCUUUCGAUCAAAUCGGCUGGGGUUGGGCCAAAUGGGUUGUCGCUGUUGGAGGGACUUGUGGUUUAUUGGCCAGCUUAUUCGGAGCGAUGUUUCCUCUACCCAGGAUAAUUUUCGCAAUGGCUUCAGACGGACUAGUGUUCAAAUUCCUUGGAAAGAUUAAUCCUCGAUUUCAAACACCUGUAAUCGGCACAAUUCUAGCAGGUGUACUGACAGGUUUGAUGGGAGCCUUAUUCGAUCUCGCGCAACUCGUCAAUAUGAUGUCCAUUGGUACUCUAAUGGCUUAUACAGUAGUAGCUGCUAGUGUAUUACUUUUGAGAUAUACAGAUGAGGAGAGGAGACAGUACGCUCCAGUGAGGGUUAAUUCGGAUUCUGAUGAUAACGAACUUUCGAUUUUUAGGUAUAGUGAUUCAGACCAGUUGACUCCUGAAAGGACCAAUACACGUUACAUAGCACAAUUUUUGAACUGUGGACGACAUUCUCAGCCGACGAAAAAGUCUCAAAAUAUUGUGGCUUUCAACGUUUUUCUUUAUUGUGUAACUUGCAUCUUUAUUGGUCUCAGUGCAAUAUAUUUAAAAAAUCCUAUAUCAGAAGGUGAAACGUGGGCUAUUGCGCUGGCGUCUACAGCUAUUGGUAUAGCAUGUAUCUUGAUCAUGUCCGUAGCUACACAGCCCGUUUCCAGACAGGAACUUAGCUUUAAAGUGCCCAUGGUGCCUCUUAUACCUGCUCUCAGUAUUUUAACCAACAUUUACUUAAUGUUAAACUUAGACUCAGAAACUUGGAUUCGUUUCGCCGUCUGGAUGGCCGUAGGCCUACCCACCUACUAUUUUUCUAUAAAAUCUCAAAAUCCCGAAGUGACAGAGACAAAAGUCAAACCUAACGAGCCUCUGGCAAAUGGUACCUCAAAUGGAGGAGAACAUUAUUACGAUAACGUUGCAUUUGUGGAGGAACUAACAGCUAAUGCAGAGACGGUACCCAAAAAGAAAAAGAAAGCUCCCGUUGCACCUCCAGUACUUGAAGAUAAAAUCGAAGACAAAAUCAUCGGAGAACUAGAUGAAAUGCUAGACAAAGUCGCAAAAGAUCUCGAAUUCGAUCGAAAAUCAUCAGUUGGUAGUGUGUCUGUAUCUAUGUCACGCGAAGAAAAUGUUGUUGCUGAUGUUCACUGUGAUAACGUCCUUAACCCCGCUGUUCCUUCCCCUCCAGAUCCAAAGCUAGAGCGUCCAACAACCCUAGCACUAACAACCAACGUGAACGACGAUGUAGAAUCUGCGGAAGUACAAAAGAAUGCCGUAGAAUUAAGAAGAUCUAGUUCUGUGGAUUCUCCAGCCCCUCCAGAUACUCCUGUAUCUUUCAAGUCGGCUCCUGUGUCGUCAGAUGAUGACCCAACUGCUAGUCCGGAGCAAAUCUCGCCAACACCUACUCCACCUCCUUCAGCGAAUGUUUCCCCUCUUCCCACUCCUAAAUUGGUAACAUUUACAAUUCCUCCUCCACCCCCAAUCCCUAUGCCAGAAAUCGUACAAGAAAGUAAGAAUAUUACAAAACAGGAAGCGCAGGAAGAGGAAAAAGAGAACAAACAUAAUUCUACCCUACCUAGAAUUACUUCAAACGACCCAGAAAUGCCAGAAAUCAUACCAGAAAGCAAGGAUAUUACAGAACAGGAAGCACUAAAGGAUAAAGAGCAAAAAGAGAACAAACACAAGUCUACUUUGCCGAGAAUUAAUUCAAAUGACAUUAAACGCAUCACACUGAAGUCUAUAGCCAAGAAAAGGGUGCAAAUAGAAGACCAGAAUAAAGCAGACGAACCUGACGACGAUAAUCUUAAAUUGGGCUCAGAAAGAGCUAAAUCGUUUAAAGAAAAACUUUCGAACAAACUAGCAGAAGUCCCAAUGACACCGUUCUAUAUAAUGCCUAGGAAAAAACAAGCUGCUCCCAAGCCUCCUCAAGAACAUAAAAAGAACGAGAAUGUUCUGGAGGAAAGCAUCAACAAGGACCAAGCAAGAGAAAAACUUGGGCUCUUUGUUACAUCUAGAUUGAGUUGGUUGGAUCCGUCUAAGGAAGGCUCACCAGUAACAAGUGCUCCACCUAGUCCCAACGUAGAGAUCGAUCUCCCAUCAACUCCUAGCGCUGAGACCCACGAUGUUGAUGAACCAAUAGUGGAAGCUGUCGACAAAGACUACAUGGCACAUCAGAACAGAAUGAAGAACGUUUUUAGAAGCUUGAAAGUUGGAGAAUUGACUAAAGAACCCAACACUUCGGAACGGAAUUUUAAGUCCCUGGAUCAUAGAGAACACAAAGUUGAUGACAAAGACAAGCACAAGCAAGCUAUGUCGGAAAUUUUUAAAACCAUCCAGUUGAGGAGGAAAGCUAGUGCUGCGCAACAGUCGAAGGUAUAGAUUCGUCAAUUAUAGCUUCAGAACAACAUAUAGAUUCGUCACUAAGAAACUGGAAUACACAAGUUGGUUCAGAAGCACUGUUGAAGAUCUGAUUUAUGAAAUUGAAAAUUGAAACAACAAAACAAGAGAUUAUCGAGAUAGAUCUGUUGCUGCAGGAAAAUUGAUGGUCGUAGCUCACGACUUGUGCAACUGCAUAGAAAAUGUAUAUAAUAAUCCAAAUCCUUGUUCCUAACCGAUUUUUGUGCUUUUUUGCUUUAUACCUGUAUUCUUUCUGUUUAAAAAGUGCUGGUUUUAGUAAAUUAUAGAACAUCUAUCAAUAAAACACUGAUAACUUUUCUUUUCAAUACUUCCACAAAAUUUAUUAUAAGUUAAUCUCACUACAUACAGAGUGGUGUAUACAAACGCAUGUGGUGACUGUCCAAAAAAAUUACAUUAGUCAAACAGGCAGAACCUUUAACAUACGAAUAUCAGAACACAAAAGAGCUUUCAAUAACAGAAAAACAGAUUCUACGUACGCACUUCACCCUAUACAUCAAAUUAUUCUUUUAUUGAACAGUUUUAAAUUCUUCAUAUUAAAAAAGGCCUUAAGCUAUCUUUAUUAGAAUCUAUGGAAAUUAUUCAAUUAAAAAAUACAGAUAAAAUACAGAUUAAGUAUUAUAAUGCCAAACAGAUAUUUUUUUGAAAUAUACUUAGGGUAACAUAUAUAGAACAUUUUUUAUAAUAUUUAUUGAAUUAUAAUUUACAAAACCAGCACUUUUAAACAGUACCUUCGUGAUUUUUUCCUCCUGUUGCUUAAGUACUGUCUUUAAUGCUUAAAAAGGUCUUAAAAAUGACUCUUCCAAAAAAUUUUGAGAACAUAACCUAAUUUUUUUGAGACCUCUGCUUUUUCUAACAAACUAUCUUGUUUUUCCAGUUUUUAUGAGCAAUAAGAAUGUAUUAGGCUUCUAUCGGUAUAUAUACAACUGCUGGUCAGUGUUUUUACCAAAGAUAAUGAUAGAUUCAAAUACAUUGGUAUUGCAGACAGGUACCAUUGUCUGGUAACAAAGAAUAACAAUUAGACGUUAACAUGGUACUGUUUGAAAGUUAAGAAUAUCUUCGAGAAAAUAUUUGAUAUUAAAGCAUUCGUGUUGAAUAUUUAACAUGGUAAUAUAGUACCUUUCUUUCAAAUGGGAUAGGCAGAAAUAGGACAUUUUAUAUCGUCAACAGCACUAUAAGUACGUCCCUACAAAAGACAAUAAAACAACCCAAACAGAAACAGAUCAAAGAGUGCUAGUUUAUGCUCUCUUUCUAUUUUGAUUUUUCUUUCUACUAUUAUUUAUUUCAUAUUGUUUUGAUGCUACACAUAAUAGGGAUAUAACUCUAUAUAGCCCGGGAGGUAGUGUCAAAUUUAACCGGAGCAUUUUAGCAUGGCUGUUUUCUUUUUAUUUAGUUAGGUGUUCCAAAGCUUAUUAACAAAUAAUGAUGUGUCAGCUGACCCAAAACCGGGGAUGUUAGCCAAGAAAAGGUAAAAUGUCAAACUUGAUGGAAAACGCUACAACUUAUAUGUCAAAUAUUUAUCUACGUGACUUAUGUGUAUAAUAGCCAAGAGUACCUAGCUACUGAAUAGGCAUAAUUUGUUAAUGUGGUUUGAAAAAAAUUAAAAGAAAAAAAAAUAAUAUAUAAAAAACAUAAAAAAUAAUAACAAAAAAUAAUAAAUAAAUAAAAAAAAUAGAAACAAAAAUAAAAAAGAAUAGAAAAAUAAAAAAAAGAAGUAAAAAAGUGUUUCGAAUAAAUUAAAAUAUAUAUUAAAAAAACAGUAAAAUAAUUUAAAAAAACAACACAAUGUACCAUGUAUCUAUAAAAAUAAUAUUGUAGUAUGUACUUAUGUUAUGAAAUAAGAAAUUUAUGACUAUGAAUCUGCAGUCAAUUACAAACAAGUCUGGCUAAUUGACUCUGUCAAAGCCAUUUUUCAAAAAAAAAUACCUAACUACUGGCUUUCACCAAGACGACUCGGGUUCAAUUCCUGGCCCUGAAAAUCUUUUUUGUUUUUAAAAUUGACAUUUUGAUUUGAAAAAUAAUUAUUUUUUGAUAAUACCACGUUUUUAUUAUUUAUACGACACAAUAUAAAAAAGUCUGUAUGUCUUUUAUAGAAUCGUAAACUUUGCAUUUGAUCAUUUAGAUUCAGCUGACCCUUUUUUCUUACAAUCUAAAAUUCAUAAAUUAAUGAUUUAUACUUUUUAGGGCCGGUUGUUCGAACGCUAAUCAACAAUGAUCACUAUCAAAUAUUUAAUUACUGUCACAACUGUCAAUGUCAACUGUGGUUGGGUUGCUGAAAACAUAAUUGAUUAUAAUUAUGAGAUUAGUUAAUCAAUUAACAUAACAAUUAUUAACAUAAUUGAUUAACUAAUUUCAUAAUUGUAAUCAAUAAUUAUGUUUUCAGCAACCCAAACAAAGUUGACAUUGACAGUUGUGACAGUAAUUAAAUAUUUGAUAAUGAUCAUUGUUGAUUAGCGUUCGAACAACCGGCCCUUAAUCUUUGCCAAACUACAUAGUUCAAGAAUAUUUUUUUAUUAUUAAUUAGCUGACCCGGCAAACUUCGUACCUCCUUAGAACUAAAAAAUAAUGUUUAAAAGUUAAAUACCUAAAAAUUACCAGAAAGCCAUAAAAUACUCAAAAAUAUUGCGUAUACUUUUUUUCUAAUAAACAAUGUUGUUUUUGUGGUGUCUGCUUAAAUAAUGAUUACUUAGAUUGGUCGUAUUAACUCAGAAACCUUCCCGGGUUCAUGUACAACAACUUUGCUUGAGGACAUCAUAUGAUCAAACGUAUAGUUUACGAUUCGAUAAGGGGCAUACAGACAAACAUUUAUUUUUAUAUAUUAUAGAGAACAAGGAAAUAUUUAAAUUAAUAAGGGGUUGGUGAUAGAAAAUUGAAAAAUUAAGGUCCAAAAAAAUAAAAAAGAACGUCGGAGUUUUAAAAAGUUUUUCACUUAGAUUGAAAGAGAUAAAUACUUAACGGAGAUAAAUAUUUGACAUAUAAGUUGUAGCGUUUUUCCAUCAAGUUUCACAUUUUGCCUUUUCUUGCCUAAUCCCCGGUUUUGGGCCAGCUGACACAUCAUUUGUUAAUAAGCUUUGGAACACCUAACUAAAUAAAAAGAAAACAGCCAUGCUAAAAUGCUCCGGUUAAAUUUGACACUACCUCCCGGUCUAAUAGUUUUGACAGUCUCUUAUUACCCUUCUUGCGCACUGCUACAAUUAUUGCAUUUGACCACUCUCUAGACAUUUUUUUUCUUCCAAAGUAUAUUUGGGAUGUAUAAUAAUCUUUUCUGGACUAAUUUCAUCACUCCCGGGACUUCCCCAGUCUUUAUCUGUCCUAUUGCUUCGGAUAGUUCUUCCUGUAUAGAUUCUGUUUCCUCGGUGUUUUCCUCGGAUCCGUCAAUUACGUUGUUUUCAUUUCCCUUUGCUUUUCCGUGCUCUUCAUUCUACAGUUGUUCGAAAUGUUUCCUCCAUCUCUCCAUUAUAUCCGUAUCGUCGAUUAAUAUUGCUCUUUUAUUGGUAAUUAUUUGUCUUAGCUUAAUUUCUUUGUUGCUUCGUAAGUUUUUCAGUGUUCUAUAACUGAAAACUAUGUUUCUAUAACUAUGUCACGUGACAAAUAUCAGAGUUUUGGAGCGAAAUUUCAAGUGGAACAUAACAUUUUUAAUGUCCUCCAAAAAUAGUCGACAUUUUUAUCGCAGUAUAUUUUUCUGAAUGUUCUUUCCCUUCCACUAUACUGGUUUCCGUUGUAUUAUUUCUGAUUCUUGUUCUCAUCCCUACACUUUUCUUAGUUAUAUCAUCUCACUUAUCUUCACCUCUUUACUUUUAGUCUUCCUUAAGCUUCUAGUCCUGCUUAACAUUCAUAUACUUUUUCUUCUCUUACUUUUUUCCUACUUCUUUACUUUUUUCUCAACAUGUGCAAUAUUUAAUGGACAAACGGAGCUCAAACAACACAGUAACUGUAGAUUAUGUAGUUGUUGGUGCACGGGAUACCAAACUCUUGAUGUACAUUCAAUGAAAACAUCGAAAGUCAGACAAAUAUAGUCCCUAGAAGAUCCACGGAGGAUUUUCUUUUUGAUAAUAUGCUUGUAUGUCAAAUAUUUGUCUAGAUAUUUGAAGUUGUUGUCAUACUCAUCAGAAAUGAUCAUGCAUCUCGUUGAUAUUAAUGUUUUGUUUUGUUUUUGUAUGAGUCUUUCUAGUAUUAAGUUGUUUACAGGUUUGUCAGUGUAUAUAUGCUAUGGUCUUCCAAAUAGUCUACGCAACUACAGAGAUUAUGAACGGCUAGACUAAAAAUAUGAUUAUAUUUUUAAUAUAUUAUGAUUUUAAUUUUAUUUGUAUACAUAGUCGGAUAUACAUUUUAUAACUUAUACCUAAUAUAUUUAUAUUGAUAGUUUUA